UGCAGUCCAACCACUACUAGUCGAGGAAGAAUGGAGUUUGAGUUGUGUUUUUUUGAGCUAGUCACUAAAGCCAAAUAAGAACUUAAACCUAAAAAUGAAUGGAGUGGAACAUGAAGAAUUUAAAACUCAGCUUUGAGUCGGUACCCACUUAUUUGCAGUCCAACCACUACUAGUCGAGGAAGCUGGUCACAAUAAUGUGCGUACGUGGAUAAGAGAAGGGACACUUGAGUGGAGUGGACUGAGAGUUGGUAGAUACUUUAAUAAAGGUUUUCUUUUCAAGUACUUUAUGGUGCCGUGGUAGUCGUGAUUUUGUAGAGUGAUAGUGAGUAAAAAAGUGGUGUGCUUUCUUUCUAUCUAUCGAUCGGUUGUUGAGUAGAGUACGCCGCCAGUCAUGGCUUCUUGUAGUACUUGCUCUCUACCGCAGCAGUUCCCUUCUACUGUAUUUGAUGGCUGUUUCCACAACAAUGAGUUUUCUUCUGUGGGUGUGGGCAUGCCAAGGCUCAGUCAUUUUGGCAAUCGAUCUUCUUCUUCUACUCAUCUUCGCAAUUUCAAGUCCAAAGGGUCCCAAAUCAGAUGCCAAUCAACAGGUACCGACGAGCCAAAAACAAGGAGGAAUUUAUUUGACAACGCAAGCAACCUUCUUACUAAUUUGUUGAGUGGGGGAAAUCUUGGAUCUAUGCCUACGGCUGAAGGUGCAGUCUCUGAUCUGUUUGGUCGGCCUCUUUUCUUCUCAUUGUAUGAUUGGUUCUUGGAGCAUGGCUCAGUGUAUAAACUUGCUUUUGGGCCAAAAGCAUUUGUGGUUGUAUCAGAUCCCAUUGUUGCAAGGCAUAUUCUCCGUGAAAAUGCAUUUUCUUAUGACAAGGGAGUUCUUGCUGAUAUCCUAGAUCCAAUUAUGGGGAAAGGACUUAUACCUGCUGACCUCAACACUUGGAAGCAAAGGAGAAGAGUUAUUGCUCCUGGGUUCCAUUCCUUGUACUUGGAAGCUAUGGUCAAAAUAUUUACAGAUUGUUCUGAAAAAACAAUAUUGAAAAUUGAGAAUCUUCUGGAAGCAGAAGGUUCACGUGGAGGGAAUAUGAUUGAGUUGGAUCUGGAAGCAGAAUUUUCUAGUUUGGCACUUGAUAUUAUUGGGAUGGGUGUUUUUAAUUAUGACUUUGGCUCCAUCACAAAAGAAUCCCCUCUGAUUAAGCACUUCUACAAUAUAUUACAGGCAGUAUAUGGUACUCUUUUUGAAGCUGAGCAUCGGUCAACCUUCUACAUUCCUUAUUGGAAAAUCCCCUUGGCAAGAUGGAUAGUCCCCAGGCAGCGAAAGUUCCAUAAUGACCUUAAGGUCAUCAAUGACUGUCUCGAUGGUCUAAUCAGAAAUGCAAAAGAGACCAGACAGGAAACUGAUGUUGAAAAACUGCAACAAAGAGACUACAUAAAUCUAAAGGAUGCAAGUCUCUUGCGUUUUCUUGUUGACAUGAGGUGUGUUGAUGUUGAUGAUCGUCAGCUGCGGGAUGACCUGAUGACGAUGCUUAUUGCUGGCCAUGAAACAACAGCUGCUGUUCUUACCUGGGCUACUUUCCUACUCGCACAAUAUCCCUCCAAGAUGAGGAAAGCUCAAGCAGAGGUUGAUUUGGUGCUUGAUCAGGGGAGAACAACUGUUGAAUCACUUAAAAAAUUAGAGUAUACAAGACUAAUUGUUGUUGAGACUCUACGUUUAUAUCCUCAACCUCCAUUGCUCAUCAGACGUGCUCUCAAAUCAGAUUUAUUACCAGGAGGGUACAAGGGUGACAAUGAUGGAUACGCAAUUCCUGUAGGAACUGAUAUAUUUAUUUCUGUAUAUAAUCUCCAUAGAUCACCAUACUUCUGGGACAAACCUCAUGAAUUUGAACCAGAAAGGUUUCUGUCACAAAGAAAGAGUGAAGGCAUUGAAGGAUGGGCCGGUUUUGAUCCAUCUCGCAGCCCCGGAGCAUUAUAUCCGAAUGAGGUUAUAUCAGAUUUCGCCUUCUUGCCUUUUGGUGGAGGGCCAAGAAGAUGUGUUGGAGACCAAUUUGCGCUCAUGGAAUCGACUAUAGCAUUGGCUAUGUUGUUACAAAAGUUUGAUUUUGAACUGAAAGGGCCCCCUGAAUCAGUAGAACUUGUUACAGGGGCAACAAUUCAUACAAAGAAUGGGCUGUGGUGCAAAGUGAAGAAGAGAUCAUCCGAUAUCCAUUGAAAGAGUUUGCAGAAGAGAAGAGACUACACAUUUAUUUUCAGCAAAUUUGUAAAAUGAUGUGAAUGUUCUUAUUAUUGCUAGAAAGGAGAACUUGUUACAGAAUUACUUUUAAGCAAUGAAGUUGGCAACAUUGCUUAAUUAUGAAUUAUUCUCUAGUGUAAAAUUAAAGAAGAAUGUAAGCAUUUUGGGCCCUACCCAAGUGAAAUAUUUGUUUCAAUAAUUCUUCUCAAAAAGAAAAUUUGGUAAAUUGGUAGUUUGAAUAACCUUUUGAUAGAAAAUUGAAGUUAUAUUGGAUUGAAAACCAACAGAAAGAAGAGAAGUUGGUUACUGUUGGUGAUUUUCUUUUACUCUA